GUUAUAUAAUUAAAAUAAUUAAAAAAUUAAUUAUAAAUAAGUAAAUAACUAUUGUAUUCUUAAAUGUGUCAAUAAUGUAGAAAAACUUUUUUUCGAAGGAGAAAAUAUUAGGGAAAUUAAUCUACUCUCUUUUUAAAUAUUUAAAUCUUUUUCACAUAUUAAUAAAAUAUAACAAAUUUGGUUAUAAAUAUUAAAUACAUAAUUUCAUGAUUUUUUUAUUUAAUUUUAACUAAAAUUUUCAAUUAGUACAAUAAAUUGUAAAACUUAUAACUAAUCAUUAUUAAAAUACAAAAAUGCAUUAAAAUAUAACUAAUUACUGUAAGAUCCAACCUCUUUAAAUAGUACCACUUGAAAAGCAUGUAAACGACCAUUUUGAUACUAGACAUCAGCAGUGUCGGUCAGUUGAAUGAAAAGCUGCAUAUUCGAAGAACAAAGUGAUUGUUUAGUAAGUAGUGGGUGGCCAAUAUAUAGUAUUUUAUUUUGUAUAUUAUUGUCUUCAAUUUUAUAUACUCAUAUCAUGAUGUAUAUUGUAUGUGUUAAAAACUUGACAUAUUCCAUUUUGAUUAUCAAUUUAAACGUAAGCAUGUUACGCAUGAGAUUCCAUUUUGAUUGCCAUCUUUUUCCUCGAUUUUGUUCUUAUUAUUUCAUAAAUUCAUCAGGGUGGAGAUAACAGUCACAGUGUAAAGUUACAUAAACACUGGGUAGGUUGAUGGUAAACUUGACAUGAGUUCUCCCUUUAGCAAUAUGAUCUAUCAAUAAGUCUCCUAAAAGCAUUGCUGUUAAUCUUUCUUGCAAAACAAAGUGUCUCCUAAAACCUUUAGCUAUUUGAGGCAUAUAGCUUGGAGGUUGAGAUCAUCUUCUUUACGUAAAUAUAUAAGCUACAAUAAUUAUAGCAACCCACCCUUGAAUUCAAACUGAUUGUAAACACUAAAUUUACACACUGCAUAUAUGACACCUUGUGUUAUCGUAUUUGUGUGGCUACACUCUAAUGAAUAUUUUAUCUGCCAAUAAUUUCAUCCCAUAUGGCUUUCUUAUUCUGAAUUUGUCUUUAUUUUGUUCUACCGCUUUGACCAUUGUUAUCGUUUUCAUCCAUUGAAUGUCGUCAUCUCGAAUUUUGUUCACAUCCAAAUGUGUUAAACGGUACAUAGACGCAUCUCGAGGGUAUCGAUGGGUCCCUUUACACCCAUGCAUUCUAAUGUUUAAUUCUUGUAUUGUUAGGUGAACUUGUAUCUCGAGUUUUAUAUAAUGUUCAAAUCGGCAAAAUGUUGCAAGAAGAUUGCUUCGUGUGAAGCGUAUGAGAUGAUCUUUCUCAAAAUUGGCAGAUCAAUAUCUUUCUAAUACUUUCCAAUGCACAAGAAUCAGCGCAAUCGUUGAUACGUUUUAGACGUAUAUAUAUAACAUUUUAUGUUAUUUGACAAUAGGUGCAUAUAGUGCAUGGAAUUCCAAAUCCAUGUGAUGCAUGUUGUUAUAAAAUUGAUGAAUGCUGUCUAUUUUGCAUGAUGUACUUAUAUCUAUUUAGUAUAUAGAGAAAAAAUGUGGGAUAUGUAUUGGCAUUAUCAAUACAUGAUGUGCACAUACCUAGGUUUCUUAGCCAUACUGUGUCGCCGAGUGGCUUUUAUAAACAGUAAUGUAAUCUUCAUGUUGUGUCCGCCAUAAAUGUUAUCUUUAUACCGGUCAACAACUCAAUAAUAAGUUAAUAACUAAUUGUUUUUGAGAGAAAUGUAAAUAGUAUUUUCGACCUUGUUGCCUUUUCCUCUCAAAAAUUAAUCGUCUGGGUACAUACAUGAGAAAUCAAAAGCCAAAAUUAUGUAAUGAAUGUAAAAAUUUACUAUAACGUAUAAGAAGGUAGCAAAUUAUGUAAACAACCAAGAUGAUUCGAUCUAAAAACCACAACUAUUCACCAAAAGAGGAUUGAUCAUUAUGGGAAAAUGUUCUAGCGUUUACCGAAACAAACUUGUGAAUUGAUUAAAAACACAUACAAUUUGUGACUAAAACUUAUAAAUUCAAAACAACCUUUUUUUUGGAACAACACAAUUGAAAACAACUAAAAGUUAUAAAAUACUAAGUAACUAAGCUCAACAAAUGAUGAUCAUGGAACAAAAGAAUGAUAAUCAUGACAAGCCUUUUUGUACACUUACUUUAAAGAUCACCACCAUGUUCUAGAUAUUUCACUAUAAAAACAAAAUCUUUAUAAAGAUUAUGCUCUUCUAAAAAAGAUGUGGGACUCGAUCGAAUGAUUGAGGUGUUAUAUAAAUCAGAAAGUUGACACAGCACUAUCGCGAAAUAGGAAGGACAAAUCUAAGUGGGUCCUUAAACGUAUCUCUGCAGUACAAACACCUUCGUAAAUGCUCUUCCAAGUCAUCAUUCGGACAAAAUAUUUGAGGGACAAACCAGACACUAGACUACCUUAAUUCUCGUAGACCAUUGUUGUAGGAUAAAAAAAUCUAUAUAUAUGGUGGACAACAAAAAGACUACCUUAAUAUAUAACUCUAUACAUUCAAUCGUAUCCUGUAUACAACUUUAUGCAAUAUGUAAACAAAUAUUUGUUUGUUUAUCAUUUGAGCAAACUUCCCCCAUAGUUUUUGAACCAAUUAGUCGAAUUCAUAGUGGAAUAUGAUGUUUUGAUGCAAAAAAAAAGUUGAAUAGAUUUUUCUAUUAUACGGGCUUCUCAUGAAAAGGACUUUAAGAGUUUUCAAAGCACUUUGAGCCUACUUUACAGAAUCUGAUGCCUUGUAGUUAUGCCCCCAAUAUCUACACCUUUUGGUGUUGUCGGGCCAGGCUUUUAAAAAGCCCAUGUGAUAAAACAAACCCAAAUAAUAAAAAAUAUAUGGAAAUUUGCAACAGAAACCUCAAAAGCAGUAGAGAUGAUGAGCUUCCUAAGGAGAUCCAUCGGCAGCCUAUCCAAAUCGACCCUCCAGUUUACCUCCGCUUCACAAACAGGAGCAUCAAGUCAAGCCAUUCCCGAUUCUGGUCUCAUGAGUGUGGUCUCAAAUGGAGCUAAGGGACUCUUCUUUGGCUUCCGACGUAUGGAAUCUUGUCCAAUGAACAUCAGCAGGCCCUCUUGCUUGUUGUCUAGAUCUUUUGCGUCGAGAACUUCCAAGGAACCUGCUAAGAAAGAGGUGGUGACUGUGGAGGAGGAUCCUUUUGAUUCUCCGACGUACCAUAUCCCGGAGAAGCCGGUAACCUUUACAGAAGGUGCUUCCUACAGUUUUGUUAUCCUGGCCGGGCUUGCGGUCGCUGGGGCUUCUGGGUACGCUGUGUUUAAAGAGCUCGUGUUUCAACCAAAAGAGUACAAGGUCUUUGACAAAGCGUUUAAGAGAAUCCAAGAUGACGGUCAGGUGAGGGUGAGGAUUGGAUCCCCCAUCACAGGGUACGGACAAGAAACCAGAAACCGAGCUGCUCGCCAACGUAUACCGAACAGAGUGUUUACAGAUGAAGAGGGAGUGGAGCAUGUGGAGGUAAACUUCUUCAUCCGUGGGCCUCAUGGAGCCGGGAAAGUGUACACGGAGAUGUUUAAAGACAAGGCAGAUAAGAAGGAAUGGAAAUACACAUACCUGAUCGUUGAGAUUUUAGCUCCCUCCCCAGCCAAACUGAUGCUGGAGUCCUAUUUGCCCGCCUAGACACCAACUCUCUUAUAUCUAUUUUAUUGUGAUUCAGUUUGGUCCACUAAACACUCAUAGAAGGCUAUUUUAUUGAGAACAACGAGUGUGACAGUUUUACACUUGUGCUUUAGUUUUUAUCAUCAAUUCUGGGAUCAGACAUCUGUUGCACUAGCAUUGCUAAAUUGAAAGACAUAAGUUUUCAUAUAUUAACUUACAGAAGUGGGAAAUGGAGUAAAAAUAAUAAUAAAAAAUGAUUACUCCAUUUAUAGAGUAAUUUUU